AUGAAGCAUCUUUCUGCACAAAAUCUCUCAUUCAGCGAGUUCAGGUUAAAUGGUUUCUACAGUCUAGGAGAAUGGAGGCCUUUUUUAUUUAUCCCUUUCUUUCUGAUGUUUUUAUUGGCUAUCACAGGAAAUUCUAUUCUUAUGUUUUUGAUCAAAACUCAAAAAUCUCUGCACUCUCCCAUGUAUAUUCUAAUAGGUGUUAUGGCAGGUGUUGACUUGAUUAUGCCUAUAUUUUUUGUACCUAACAUGCUUCUUAGUUUUUUAUUCAGUUGGAGUGGGAUAUCUCUAACAGGUUGUUUAAUACAAAUGUUUGGCAUUCAUUUUGUUGGAGCACUGCAAAUUACUUUGCUGUUUUGGAUGGCACUGGAUCGUUACUUUGCGAUAUGCAAACCUCUUUACUAUCAUAAAUACAUGGAAAUUCCUAACUUUCUAAAGUUUGUUUUUGCACCAUUAAUCAGAAAUGGACUCCUGAUUGUCACCAUGGUCUCUCUGGCUGGAAAACUGACAUUUUGUGCAACAAAUGUUAUUGAUCACUGUUUUUGUGAGCACAUGGCAUUGGUUCAGUUAGCAUGUGAAGAUAUAACUUUUAAUAAUAUUGUAGGACUUCUGGCUGCUUUCUUUAUAGCAGCGGCAGAUUUUAUUCUCAUUACUGUCUCUUAUGUUGUAAUGUUUAUCUCUGUUCUGAAAUCUGGAAAAGUUCACAUGAAGGCCUUUAACACCUGCAUUACUCACUUAAUUGUCUUGUCAAUUAGUUUGACAACUGCUUUGAUUUCAUUUUUGUCAUAUAGAAUAAGAAAUAACAUUUCUUCCAAUAACCGUAUAUUUAUAAGCAUCAUCUAUUUAUUUUUCCCAAGCUGUCUACACCCACUAAUCUAUGGAUGGAGAAUAAAAGAAAUAAGGCAAACAUUUCUUAAGUUCAUAAACAAACCAAAUGUAUUUCCUUUAAAAAAUUGA